AUGCUUUUCACGAUUGUCCUCCUGGCAACCCUGGCCCUCAGUGUCCUUGGCACUCCUAUCGGCAGACGCGGUGCUAUGGUCGAAGAGGUACGCGCUGAGCAGACUGCGGUGGUUCAUAUGGAGGAAAGGGCAGAUGAGCAACCCGGCUUGCCUAAGAACUGGUCGGCCGAGAAAAGGGCAGAUGAUGAACCCGGCGCGCCUAGCAUCUGGUCAGUGGAGAAAAGGGCGGAUGAUGAACCCGGCGCGCCUGGGAUCUGGUCGGUCGAGAAAAGGGCACCUGUGGCUGCCAAAUCCAAGCAGCUCAAGCGUGCGAACUACCCUACGCCUCAGCCCUGA